AUGUCUUCAAAGACCGCUGUCCUCCCCGACAAGGAGAUUGAGGAGCAGCGCGCUACUCAAGAUGACGUCUACAUCGAUCCUGUUGCCGAGAAGGCACUUCUGCGCAAGCUGGACAUGUGGAUUGUUCCGCCUGUGAUGCUUCUCUACCUCUUGAGUUUUCUAGAUCGUGUGAACAUUGGAAAUGCUCGACUCUACGGUAUGGAGGAGGAUCUUGGUUUGGUUGGUGAUCAGUAUCAACUUGCAGUCUCUGUACUUUUCGUCACAUACAUUGCCUCUGAGCUACCUUCCAACCUCGUCAUCAAGAAGUUUACGCCAUCACGAUGGAUUUCGUUCAUCACUGUUUCCUGGGGCAUCGUCGCCACCUUGACCGGAAUUGUACAAGAUUUCAAGAGCCUGAUCGCCUGCCGUGUAAUCCUCGGUGCUCUCGAAGGCGGACUCUUCCCCGGACUCACGAUCUACCUCACCAUGUUCUAUACGAAACGCGAGUACGCUCUCCGAAUCGGCUAUCUCUUCGUCAGUGCCGCCAUCGCAGGUUCUCUCGGCGGUCUGCUCGCUUACGGUAUUGGCCACAUGGACGGCGUUGCAGGACUUCGCGGCUGGAGGUGGAUUAUCAUCAUCGAGGGUAUUCCCACAUUUAUCCUCGGAAUUGCUGUUUGGUUUUGGCUCGCAGACGACCCUGACUCGGCGCACUAUCUCACCGUUGCAGAACGCGAGCUUAUCGAUGCGCGCAUGCGACGACAAAUCGGCCACACCAAGUCUUCAGACCAGAUGCACAAGGAAGAUGUCUACGCUGGUCUCAAGGAUUGGAAGAUCUGGUUGUUCUGCAUUGGCCAGUUUGGAGGAGACACGAUCCUUUACGGCUACAGCACCUUUCUCCCUACUAUCAUCCGUGGGCUUGGAGAUUGGAACAACGCUCAGGUCCAGGCUCUCACUAUUCCUUGUUACGCCAUGGGUGCGAUCACAUACCUUAUAGUCGCGUGGUUUUCAGAUCGCACUCAAAAACGAGCUGUCUUCACCGUGGUACUUGGUCUUGUUUGUGCAGUCGGCUACGCCCUUCUCGUCAGUCCAGCGCCAUCCGGAGUACGUUACUUCGGCUGUUUCCUAGCCGCGAUGGGAUUAUAUGUCAUCGUCGGUUUACCCCUUGCUUGGCUGCCCAGUAACAACCCUCGAUAUGGAAAGCGAACCGUUGCGACCGGUCUUCAACUCACCAUUGGCAACUCUGCGGGAAUUCCAGCUCCAUUUUUGUACAAAACAUACGAAGGACCCCGAUUCGUUAAAGGCCAUGCUGUCUCGAUGGCUUUGGUUGCCAUGUCUUCCUUUAUUUACCUGGCGUUUUGGGCUUGGUUCCGUCGCCAGAACAAGAGGAAGGUUGAGGGCAAGGAGGAUUACAGAAUUCAGGGGUUGACAGAGGAGGAGGCGGAGGAGCUUGGCGAGCAUAACCCCAGGUUCCAGUAUACCUACUAA